AUGAAAUUAAUCACUGAUAACUCUAUCUCAGAUUGGAAUAACGAUUUAAGCAACUAUAGGAAGCAUGACUUUGAUCCAUAUCAAAUAUAAAGACCUAAAAUUAUCAAGAGGGCAGAGAUUUAUCAUAAAGAAUUCUCCUAUGAUCCUUUGCUUCAGGAGUACAGAGAUCCAUAAAAAGAAAAGAUUGCAAAGCAAACUGAUAUUGACACAAUUAAGACUAAAAUUGCUUAGAAUAUGGUAUUUUUUACUGUUAUUCAAAUAAAAUUCUAGGACUAUUAAUUGAAGGGAGAAUAAAUUUACAAUAUUUUGAAUAUGGAAAACAAACUAAAAGGUCUUGAGAAUAACAUAAAUUAUCCAAAAGAAAAUGCUUGGAAACCAAGAAUUAUAAAGAAUACAAGACAAGAUCACAACAUUAUAAGCAAUCUUAGUUUCGAGGAGCAUCAUUUUGAAUCACCAGAGAAAAGACCUAAACCAGAGGGACUGUUUAAAGGCAAGAAAAUUGUGAGGAAAUUGAUUGAGAAAGAUUACAAUAUCAUCUCUAAUAAAUUUGACUUGUAUAAUGAGGAACGAAGUAAAUGGGAAAAACAGGAAUAGCUCACUAAGGCAGCUGAAAAAUAUUGGAAAAAGUCUAAGUUUGAUCCAAUCAAUCAAACUUAUUUAGAUCCUUAGAUCGAAUAGAAGAAUAAGGAAUUGGAGGGAGACUAGAUUGCUACUCAUGCCAAUAAAUACUACAAAAGAAUCCCAGUUGCUCUUUAAAAAAUUAAAAGAUUUGAAGUCACAACUAUCUUUGAAAAAUUUAACAGAGAAAGGCUGGAGUUUACUUAAAACCUUCAUAAAGAAAAAAUACAAAACAAAAUAUCGUUUGAUAGAUUCAAACUAACUAAUGAUAGAGGAUUUGAUAUACUUACUCAUUAGGACUUAAGCUAGAGUCCGAACAGAGAAUCAAAAGAGCUAUAUUUCUAGCAAGUAAAAAAACCUUCUCCCUGGAAUUAAAUUCUGAAUAGCUCUUAAUUGAUUGAUAAAUCUUCUUACGGAUUUGAAAAUUCUACAUCUUAUUCAAGGCCAGUAGACCAUCUUCAAAACUCAACAUUUAUGAAUGCAGCCAAGUCAUCAGUGUCAUCUAAUUACAAUAAAACCUUCGAUAAAAUAGACAUAUAAAAAAUCAAUCAUAUACAAUCUACACAGGACUUACCAAAUAUAAACUAAGUCCUCUCUAUGAAUAGGAAAGAGGAGUCAUCUCAAAUAUAGAUUGGCGGCUAUAAAAUUCUUGAUAGACAAUAAAGAUUAAACAAUAGCUUGACGAAUUAUCAACAGCAGGCUCUUAAAGAGGAGGCAUUUGAGGAGGGUAGCCUGAUGGGUUUCAGCAAUUUAAAAAAGAAUUUACAGAUGCUCCACUGUUACCUCCAAUUCCAAGAAGUAGAGGUUCUUUUUAGCAAUAAAAUGAUGACAAUUACAGAUAUUAGAUUCAAUCAAGUCAUUCUCAAACCUCAAUACCUCGAGAAGAUCCGUGAUCUCGAACUUUAAAUAAUUGAUAUAAAAGCUCAAACUGAGAGGAAAAUUGCAUCAAUAAUGGAAGAGUUACCAAAUAAGAUCGAUAAAGAUAUGAAACGUUUUGAGCAAAAAGAGGUGGAAUCUCAAAGAAACAAUGUGUAGUAGCUCACUCUAAACUAAGAGCAGUUAAAUGUGAUUAAGGAUUAGCUAUUACUGUAGAUAGAGCAGAUGACUCACAGAUAUAGCGAUAUUAAAAUCAAAUUAGAUGAGUAAGACUUUAAGGUUGGAAAUUUAGUGAGAAAUUUCGAUGCUAUUAGGAAUUAGAUUAGCGUUAUGAGUAGUGUAAAUGGCUCAAGCAAUUCUUACGAUAGAGCUGGGGCAAUGAUUAAUAAUGUUGAGAUUGAAACUGAAGUUAAGUUGCUAAGAGGUUAAUUGUUGGAUGAAAGAACUAAAAGAGAAAUGCUCUUUUUUGAGUAGCAUUAACUUGUCACUCAGCUAUAAAAUUAAUUUCAUCAAUAGGAAUAGGAAUUAUUGAAAAGGUUGAAAGAAUAUAGAGAAGAUCAGUUAAUGCUGCUCUCUGGUAACUAAGAUGAAAAGCUAUUACUAGAAAGAAUGAAGCAGGAGAAGACUGAUAAUGAUCUUGGAUUCAUAAAGGGGAUGAUAGUUACUCUAGAUAAGAAAAUAGAUGAUGAAAGCUCAUUCAGGAUUAGAAGUGAAGAUGAUAUAAGAAAAUGGUUUGAAGGGAAGAUAAGCAUGACAGUAGACAGACUGAAUUUCGAAGAAAAAGGUUCUCUAGAUAGAGAAAGAAGAAUGAUGCAACAACUAUAAGAGGGAUUAACAUCAAUAGCUGAAAUAGUAAGAGGAGUCAAAGAAUAAACUGCAAUUGGAUUGAAUGAAGUGCACACUCUUGCACUAGAAAAUAUCACAGAACUGUCUAAGAAAAUAGAUGUAAUAAAGGAGACAAUUUACCAAAGGCAAUCUUUAAAUGAGGCAGGAUUGCUUGAUGUUAAAAACAGAAUGGACACUAUGGAGUAAUAAACUUUCAAGCAUGCGAAGGUGGUUAACGAUUAAUUGCAGAAAGAAAUGACUAGAAUGGAAAAGAUAGCAUCAACCCUUGAGAAGCACACAGUGAGUCAGAUUUAAGAGCUUAAGCUGUUGGUAUCAUCAAAUGAUGAGAAGAUGGAAAAAUGGAAAGUCAAUUUUGAAGACGCUGAAGGGAAGAAACUGUUAGAAGUGCAUUCUGCGAUGAAAAUUCUUAAUGGAAACUUUAUGAAAGUUAAUAAAGAUAAUAAGGACAGAUUCGAGAUACUUCAAAAAGAGUUUUAGGGACUAGAUAAUGCAUUGAGAAAUCAAAUAGGAGAUGUAAGGCACAAAUCUGAAGUCGAUCUAAGAUCAACAGAGGAGAGGACAAUAAUGCUAAUAGAUAAAUACUUUUAAAAAUUGCAACAUGGAACUGGAGAUGAGAAAUCAACUACAAUCAUUUAAAACAUUGCUGGUGGUGUUUCUUUAGGAGAUAUUGAUCAGAGACUUAAUUCUGUGAAAGAGGAAAUGAAAUCAUAUGCAGAGAGAGUGGUGUAUUAGAAUGCUGAAAAACUUAUCGAAUCAAAGGCUUAAUCAGAAAUGCUGCUUGAGGGGAGAUGCUAAGGUUUCGCAGUUGAGCUUGAAAAGAGAUACAAAGAAUUGAUAAAGUAAUAUAAGGAUGAAUAAGAUUCUUUUGAGACUGAUAGAAAGAUUAGAGUUAAAACUAUUGAAGGAUAGCUGUAAGAAUAACUAGCCAAGUUGAAAUCAGAGGCAGUGCUUAAAAAUGAUAUCGCUGCUUAGAAGGAAAAUGAAUUGAGAAGAUGGAUUGAGUAACAAUUAAAGGAUACAAUAGCUGAUUUAGGCAAAAUAGUCGAUAAAAAAUUGGCUGAAAAUGAAGUGCUAGUUAGAAAAAUUCUGCUGAAAGGAGGGCAUAAUGGGAGCGGCAUUAAAGACAAUGAAAUGAGAGCAAUGAAGGAAAAGAAUUUACUUGAGUAUGUUGAUACUAUGAUUACUAAUUUGAAAUUCGAACUGUAGUCAGAAUAUGAAGAAGAAAAAGCUAGAAAGAAUGGUAGACUAGAUGAGGUUACAAGGCUCAUUCAAACUCAUAAAUCAUUAUUAGAUGAACAUAUUCAAUAGCAGGGUGAAAGUUUAAAAGCCCUCCUAAAGGCCAAUUUGAAUGAGGAAUCAGUUCACAGACAUAGAGAGGACGAGAAAAUCUUGGCAUUAAUAGCAAAGAAUAAUGAAAUACUAUAGAAAUACCUAGAAGCUAAAUUUUCUGAAGAAGCAGAGAAAAUGAUAGUUCGAAUCGACACUAAUAGAAUGGAAUUCAUUAAUGUAAGGGACAAACACGAUAAUCAUUUGAAUCUCUUAGAUGAGAAACUAGCUUAAAAUAAAGAAAAGAUAGAUGAACUAGAUAAAAGAGUCUCCGAUAAGCUUGAGGGCUUUGAUUAGCUUAGUAAGGAGGAAUAGGAGCAAAAGAAGAGAGAUGCUGAGGUAAAGAAACUUAUGCAGGAUAUGAUGAAUAAGAUCUGUGCUAGUGAGGAAAUGGAUGAAUAGCAAAAACUUCAAUAAAGACUAGACCAGAUUGAAGUUAAUGCUCUAAUGAAUGAUUUGAUUAACAAGGCAACUCAGAAUGUAAUGGAUAAGAAGUUUGAGGAUGAGAUAUUGAACUUCACAAUGCUUAUUGAUUAGUUUGUAUCUUCAGCUAACCAGAACUCUGCAGUUCUCUAUUAAGAUUUUAACAAAAGCAUCAAAGAGGCAUUUGGCUAGACAAUGCAGCAAAUAUAGGAUACUAUUGGUAAUAUGUCAGAAGAAUUAUCUGCUGCCAAAUAGUAGCUAACUGUUGUUACUAAUAAAUUGGAUGAUGUUGAUAUAAACAGCAGAAAACAAUUAAGUGAGUUGAAUGAUAAAAUGGAAGUAGAAAGAAUUGUGUCUGAUUUAGUUGGCUGGGUAGCAGAAUAGUAAUAUCAUUUGUGA